CAGUCUUGCUGCUACCUUGAUCUGAACGUUGGCUUAACAACUCAUAUUUCGCCAAACUUCGGAGGACUGAGUCUCACUCUGUCACCCAGGCUGGAGUGCAGUGGCACGAUCUCAGCUCACUGCAACCUCAGCCUCCCUGUUCACUGGCGUCUUUGUGGACCUGGACUUCUACGACAUGCUGGUCUACCUGGGCUCCGCCAUCAUCUUCGUUAGCCUCCUCUGGUGGGCCUCUUGGUACACCGGCAACAUCGAGCUGCUCCCCGAAGAGACCCUGAAGUUCUCCUCCUUACCCUCUGCCUCCUUGGUGGUGGCCCUGCGCCAGAGCGCCAGCCACUCCCUCUCUGUGAACAUCGAGACCGUCCCCAACAACUUGCUGAUGCAGUGGUGGCGUCGUAGGAGGACCCUUCAAAGAGAAGCUUCCCUGACCGUGCCUGUCUCGGCCCACGGAGAAGAACGGCUGGGAAGGAAAAGCAAGGACAAAGAUGGAGAGGAAGGGGUCAAGGAGAGCAACGCCUCUCAAGACUCUGGCAAAGAGGAUCUGGGUCCCGAGCCUGAAGAUGAUGAAAAUUCGGAGACCGUUGGCUCCCCAGACCCGGAUGCCCAGCCGCCGUCGAUGGAUCAACUGCCUGCCACCCAUCCGGUGCAUCCUGUGUUGCCUCUGCACCAGCCUGUGCCUUCCCCUCUCUACGCCACUAAGGGCCUGAUUGUAGCCCCCUCCAUCUCUGCUAGACACCCUGUAGCCAUUUUUACUUCUAAGAGCCAGCCUGUAGUUUCUUUGGCUUUUAAGAGCCAACUUGCUGUCCCCAUGGCCUCUGAGAACCACCUCCAGGUCCCUGCUGUCUCUCUGAGCCAGGCCCUGAUGCCUGUGGCCUCGCAGGGCCAGCCCCAGAAUCUUCCUCGGGCCUCUCAAACUCAGUCUCCACCACCUGGUUUGGCCUCUCAGGCUAUCAAGGACUUGGAGGCCCUACUUCAAAUGCAACAGGCCAUCCCCAGCACCUCUGUAGUGCAGGAGAGUUCCCUGAGCCAGUCUUCAAGUGUCCUGAAGGUUCCUGAGAUGUCGGUUGCUCAGUUUCCAACUCCCAAACUGAGACUCUACCUUUUUGGUGGCCGGCAUUUGCCAGCAGUGGAGUUCCCCAGUGUGCUGAUGGCCACGUCCCGGGCAGACUGCUGGCAAGAGAAGAGGCAGGCGCUGGGAGUGUUUGGAGGGAUCGGGGGUGGAAACUCACGCCCCAGCUUGGUCUUUGAGGCUCACAUUGGUAGCCCACAGCAGUACAAAAAUGCAGGGUCGUGA